GCGACAGCUCCAACCUCACGUCCAGUUUCAAGCUUUCAAUGCGACAACGGGAUCUCCAUUGCCAAUAUGUGCGGGAUCCGGCUGGUCCUGUCUAAUCCUCAUGGACCCGCAGAAUUAAAGUACGGAUGCCAAGCAUCUACAAUAAGUACUCACCCACCCUCAUCCCAUUGUUCCUUCUCACUCCACUCACUAUCCCCAAGCAACUUCUCUCCUAUUUUGCUUCGACAAUCCGGCGGGCUUCUCUCUUUCUAUUCCCUCUUUUUUAUCUUCAUCUUGCCAGUCAAGCAGAUCACGUUGACCGUGCAUCUAAUUACCCUUCACGCCUCGACGGAUCACAUUCAUUCCUUUUGAUACUUCCUGUACAGCUUUUUGUAGUUCGCCCGGCCUCUUGUCCCCCUCCGAACACUCAUAUCUUCAAGAUGCGUUUUACUCAAGUUGCCUGCGCUACGGUGUUCGCUGCUGCAGUUUAUGCCAACCCUUCCCCUGCGAACAACGCAGCAGCAGCAGCCGCAGACAGCACAACACUCGCCGCCAAUGCCAUCCAGAGCGGUUCAUUCAACGAUGGACAACAGGAGACUGGAUCUGAGGCUGGUCAAGCUGCGUCGGCCACAUCGGUAAACAACUUCAUAAAUAUCUGUGCUGGGAAGACACUGACGAACGGUCUUCAAUUCACCACUGGCUCAUGUAACGGUAUCCCAAUGGGAGACAUUCCCGCAAAGACCUCCAUGAUCUCAUGUAUCAUUACCAACCCACAACAGAACGGUGCCGAAAUUCCUUCAGACACGGAUUUCAAUAUCACCGUCCAGGUUGCGAAUCUUGUUGCCGGUUCUUUCACCAACGCAGAUGCCACAUAUUACGCUGCACCGCAAGCUCUAUCCGGUGGAAAGGUCGUUGGACACACUCAUGUUACUGUUCAGGAUCUCGGUCAAAACCUGAACCCCACUCAACCGCUCGAUGCCACGCAGUUCGCAUUCUUCAAGGGCAUCAACGACGCCGGUGACGGGAAUGGUGGCUUGACCGCUGUGGUGACAGGUGGUCUUCCAGCGGGCAACUACCGCGUAUGCACCAUGACUUCAGCAUCCAACCAUCAGCCCGUCCUCAUGCCCGUCGCUCAACGUGGAACUCCCGAUGACUGCACCAAGUUCGUCGUCUCAGGAAACGGCAAUACCAUAAACGUUGCUGCCAACAACGGCGCAAAAGGUAUUGCUGCUGCCGCCGCCGCUGCCUCGGCUGUUGCACUCGGCCCAGAUGUCAACGUUGCCCAAUCCAGCGCUGCUGGUGCAACUGCCACCAAUACCGCCGCCGCAGCAAAGGGCAACGGAAAGGCGGGAGCCGCAGCCGCGCAGGCAUCUCCAGCUGCCACCAACGCUGGGACUGCCAAUGCCGGACAGGCACAAGCAUCAGGAGCCGCCGCAGCCAAGGGACAAGGACAGGCAGCAGGCAAGGGAGGGGCUCAAUUUGGAGGAGGUCAAGCGGGUGGCAAGGGCGGUAAGGGUGGUGCCCGAAGAGCGAAGCGUGAAUUCAUCGCGUAAGUAGCGUGGCCGGGGGGCGGCAGCUUGGAUAUAGAAUGGGGACAUCGGAGUUUAAUGACGAUGGAGGAGACCCGGAAUUGAAUGGGAUGGGGUGGUGUUUUUUUCAUGUCCGUCGUCGAUCUGGCAGGCAGUUGUGGGGCUGCUGCACGAUGGCGGGAGAAGUGUGCCUUUUCUCAAGAGAAUCAGGAACUUACCGUGUCAAAUGUCAUUUGUCUAUAAAUCGUCCUCUUGAAGUAAAGCAAGC